AUGGAUAUAUUUGGAAUAUUUUAUGAAGACGAUGAUCAAGAAAUCAUCGAAUUUUUAAAUUACCAACGUCGUACAUACACCAUACGUAUGAGAGUUGAUCAUAUGACACUUUGGGAUGAUCAUGAUUUUAGGAUCAGAUUCCGAAUCUCAAAGGUGGUCGUUCUUCAAGUUUUAGACCACAUCAACGACCAAAUAUCUUCAUUAACCGAUAGGUAA